AUGUACGGUGCGCGCGGCGCGUACGGUGUUGGUGGCGCGGACUGCGGCACGGCGUGUUGCGCGAGCACCAGCGCCUGCAUGGGCUGCGGCCCCGGCUGCGGCGUGGCCUGUGCCGAGGGCUCGGGUUGCGGCGGCGGCGGCGGCACGAUCCUGAGCUACGUGGGCCCAGGGGGCGACUACGUCCAGGAGACCACCUACAAGUACGUGGGCAUGGGCGCCGGCGAGUUCGGGGCAGUCCGCAUCCCUGGUCGCGGCCCGAACUUCUGCCUGAUCUGCCUCGUGCCUCUGGGUCUUUCGCUCCUCCUGCUGCCACUCCUCCUCUUCGCGAUCUCACCAGGCUCGACGACCACCACGACGACGACCACCACCACCACCCCGGUGAUCAUCACGACUACCCCGAAGAUCGACUACUGCUGCAAAAACGAACACAAGGGCUGCAAAGGCGAGGAGCCGGAGUGA